AAAGAGUACCAAGAGCAUUUACUGAAAAAACAGUAAAAGAACAAGAGAAGAUUGCACUACAAGUAUCAGAUUACUACAGUUACUUUAAAGCAAUGCUAAAAGGAAUCUGUAACCACUUUGAUACAGAAAAUGCUAGUAACAAUUAUAUUCCCAACCCAAUAGGACAUAUUUUGCAUAAAAUAUUAUUUAGUAUUCUCUCAGAACAUUUAGAUCGAAGACAAUUUUUGACACCUCAAGUGUAUAGACAUAAUAAAGAAGAAUCAGCACAAACUGAAAUACAAGGAAGAGAUAUUGAACAAGUAUAUAAUAUUGGAACACCAUAUACACUUUGGAGAUUUCUAUAUAAAUACUUCACAAAAAGAGAAGAAAACAAAAAUGAAAAUACAACAUGA